UCGGGCCCCCAGGCAGAGCGGCGGGCGCCGGGCCCCCAGGAGCGGCGACAGGCAUCGGGCCCCAGGCGGAGCAGCGGGCGCUGGACCCCCAGACAGAGCGACAGGUCUCGGGCCCCCAGGAGGAGCGGCGGGCGCCGGACCCCCAGGCGGAGCGACAGGUCUCGGGCCCCCAGGCGGAGCGGCGGGCGCCGGACCCCCAGGCGGAGCGACAGGUCUCAGGCCCCCAGGCGGAGCGACAGGUCUCAGGCCCCCAGGCGGAGGACAGGUCUCAGGCCCCCAGGCGGAGCGACAGGUCUCAGGCCCCCAGGCGGAGCGACAGGUCUCGGGCCCCCAGGCGGAGCGACAGGUCUCGGGCCCCCAGGCGGAGCGGCGGGCACCGGGCCCCCAGCGGCGGAGCGCCGCCGGGCCCCCAGGCGGAGCGACAGGUCUCGGACCCCCAGG